AAGCCAAAAUCUAAAAUCAGAUAAAAAAAAUCACAAAACGAUUCUGUGGGUCACAAAACGACGAACUCUUGGGCUCCGAUAGGCUUCUGCAGUCGUGGAUUUCCAAUCAAAGAAAGGCAAAUAAAGCGAAGAAACAAAAAAAGGAGGACAGACGUGAAAUCGUGAAGCGACUUUCCGGUCAUUCAAAUCAUGGAUCAACUCAAGAACGACGCUGCUGCUUUUGUUCAAUCCAUUCAAUCUUCAAAUCCUUCCAUCAUCGAGUUUCGUCAACCUCCUAUCGACCCUCGCGUUCCCUCCACGACCCGUACGCAACCCAAAUCCAGCCAAAGGGUUGAAGGGGAAGCAAAGGAUUUCCUUGCGGCGAGAAAGCUUCAAAAGGCUGACCGUGAGAAAUUGAGAAGAGACCGCCUUAAUGAACAUUUUCUUGAGUUGGGAAAUGCACUUGAUCCUGAUAGGCCCAAGAAUGACAAAGCAACCAUUCUUACUGAUACACUUCAAUUGCUGAAGGAUUUGACGUCUCAGGUCACCAAGUUGAAAGCAGAGUACGCUAUGCUAACUGAAGAAUCACGUGAGCUGACACAAGAGAAGAAUGAUCUCAAAGAAGAGAAGGCAUCUCUUAAAUCUGAUAUCGAUAAUCUUAAUAUUCAGUAUCAGCAGAGAGUCAGGACUUUGUUCCCAUGGGGCACUGUAGAUCACUCAGUUGUCAUGGCCCCUCCUUCUUAUCCAUUUCCAGUACCUAUGGCAAUGCCUCCUCCAGGAGCUAUUACUAUGCAUCCAUCCAUGCAGCCCUUUUCUUUCUUUGGGAGUCAAAAUCCUGGGGUCAUUCAUAAUCCCUGCUCAACUUUUGUUCCAUAUAUGACUCCUAAUACCAUGGAUGAACAGCAGUCAAUGCAGCAUGUUGCUCCACUUGCACAACCGGGCAGUCAGUCCCAUGCUUCAGGUAAACAAGAUUCAAAAAACAAGUCCUCAGGGGAGAGCAAGGUUGAAAAAACUGUGGAUUCGAAUGACGUUGCUACUGACCUUGAGUUGAAAACACCUGGUUCUACAGCAGAUCAGGAUUUAUCAUUGGGGCAAAGAAAGUUGAAGAAAUCUUUAAGGAAGGAAAACAGUAAUACAGAAGGUAGUUAUUCAAGUAGGUGUUCUUCAUCUCAUAGUGCACAAGAUAGCUCGUCCACUAGUAUAGUUGGUGGCAGAAAAGCUGAUGACCUAGAUGGGGGAAAGGACUGAUAAGCACCUGAGCCAGGUUGUUUCCAACUCCUGAACACCAUCUUUUCCUUUUAUUCUAUGCCCAUGCCCUAGUAGUUCCUAGUUUUUCCUCCGCUUUAGAAUCUAAUUAGUUGCCUACAAAUUGAAUCACUUCACUUAUAUCACGAUGGUGUUAAAGGCUGGGGUUUUUUUCCUGCAUCUCUCUUCCUUGAGAUUUAAAGGAUGGUGGUGAUGAUCUUCUAUGCCCUCUAUUUCUGGGUGAGAAGAUGUUCCAAUAGAUGUAAUGAGUAAUGUAGGAAGUUAUGGUUGUAAAGAAGAAAAGAUUACUAGGUUGAUCUGUAUGUAAUUCUUUUAUGUAAAGUUUAUACUUUUUACAUUCUAAUUGUGUCUCAAGUAGUUCAGAAAGACAAAAAAAUUCUCUCAAA